AUGUUCGGCAUCCUCGAGGCCGUCACGGUGCCCACGGAGGGUGUCUAUUCAACCCUUGACGAUUUGAUGCAAGAGCUCAGCAACCGGACGCAAAGGGAAGGCUACAAGGUCGUCAAGGCAAGGUCGCAUCGGGGCCGACCCGGAGCGCCAACCAUGCGUGUCGACCUCUGCUGCGAGCGCGGCGGGCGCCCCUACAGGUGUUCGGCAACAAAGCACAAGACGUCGACGAAGAAGACGGACUGUCCGUGGAAAGCCAAGGCGGUCGACCGCAAGAUGGUUGGCGGCUGGGUCUUGACCAUCAUCUGCGAUCAGCACAAUCACGAACCGGGAACGCCAGAGCCGGCGACGCCGUCAGAUGCCACCGGCGUCGACGACGAGUUGGAGGACGAAGGCGAGCCCUGCCGGACACGGACCGAUCUGGGAAGGAAACCCGCUGACCGAAUCGCAGACGGCCCUCCGCCGGACGCCGAAAGCCAGGCGGCGCUGCAGGUGGCCGGAGUCUCCGAUGCUGUCCUUCGACUCAGCGGCGAUACCUUUCAUCGAUUCAAGAACGAAUAUCGCAAGAUGUCUCAGCCGGAACGCAUGGGCAUUCUUGCCCAGAUGCAGCUCCGCAUCGCCGCCAUUUACGCCAUCCAGAACGAGGAGGUGCAGCGGCAGAGGAGACAGGAUGCCCAGGAAAAGCGGCACCAGGACGUCGACGGGAGCCGCACGAGGCUCGAGGGCGAGGGAGGCAAACACUCGAACCAUCGGCGAGGCGCUCCGCGAGUCCCGCACCCGGGAAACCCUGCAGUGUUUCCGCAUGGUUCCGUUCCCUACCAAGAACCGCGGCAGGGGCAGGAAGACGCCUUCACACAGCAGCUGGCGGCCCAUCAGCAGCCGGAGCAGCAAGGCGGCCCGCACGAGUACGCGACGCUUGCUCAUGCGCCGGCCCUGGCCGAGAUGCAGUUUCAACCUCUGGCGCCGGUGACCGCCUCUGGUGAGAAACGCACGCUGCCCUCCUACCCGCUGUUCCCCGGGCCUCCGAAGAGACUACGCGGCAGCAGGCAGUCGCAAGGCCGCCGAACAAAUUCACAGCAGCCUCCUCGAGACUCUCAGCGGCCCAAUGCCCCGGCGGGCCGACAGCCAUCGCCGCCGAUGGCUCUGGCCAAUCCCCAGCAGUCACCGACUGCAGAACCCAACCCGUAG